AUGAACAGCGAACCACCAGAGGAUGGAAACACCUUUUGGGCCCAAAAGUCAAAACUCGAGCAGCGCUACCAAGUUAUUCUCGAUAGGGUGACGCCGCACGCAACAGAACGCUGGGCCUUUACCGGUGUAGCAAUCUUCAUAUACUUCCUGCGAGUCUUCAUUGCCCAAGGAUGGUACAUCGUCACCUAUGCGCUUGGCAUCUACCUACUCAAUCUGUUCCUCGCCUUUCUGCAGCCAAAGUUCGACCCUUCACUGGAGAUGGAUAUGGCAGCGGAUGCAGUCGAGGAGGGCCCAACACUGCCCAUGCGGUCCGACGAGGAGUUUAGACCAUUCGUCAGGAGGCUACCGGAGUUCAAGUUUUGGCACUCGGCAACAAGGGCGAUUGUGAUUGCGUUUGGAUGUACCUUGUUCCGGCUCUUUGACAUCCCAGUCUUCUGGCCUAUUCUUCUGAUCUACUUCUGUAUCCUCUUCGCCAUUACGAUGAAGCGCCAGAUCCGACACAUGAUCAAAUAUCGGUAUAUCCCCUUCAACAUUGGCAAAAAGUCUUACGGAAAGAGCAGUUUCAAGUAA